GGAACAUUUUUCCAUUUGUCGAGGAGGGACACCCCCAGGCUCUUCUCCGUCUCUCUCUCUCUGAUUGACUCGGUUACCAGUCGCCACUUUCUCUCGCUAAAAGCUCGCCCAAACGACCAUAACACCUUCUCUUUUUCUCUGUUCUACGUCUUGAUAGAUAGAUUGGAGUUUUCAAAGAGGUUGGCUAAAUUUGUGGAUGCAACAGAUAUCUCACCUUACAUCUCUGUCUAGAGAUUGAAAUUUGUAACAAUGGCUUCAAGAGCAAUCUUGCGGAGGAAGAGAUUCCUCCUCAGUUCCUUGAAUCAACCCACUUGCUGGAUUCGGAGUUUUUCAAGUUCUGAGCAUGGGGAGCCUACCCAAUCAGGUGGCUUAGAAGGAUCAAGAUGGGUUGUCAGUCAUCCAUCUGCAAAUUGUGAUCAUAGAUAUGAAGGAGGUUUCUCUUUGGUUGUCAGAGAUGAAACUCUUUUGGAAGCAAGUUUUCUUGGGCAUAGUUCACUUGGAUUUUCAACUCUAGGUCAUAGGACUGGAAGGAGAGAUUUUGAUUCUUCUUCUGGAAUUAGGUGGUUUUCAAAUUCUGUUCGUUUUUCUUCUACUGCCACGGCUGGGCAACCUGAAUUUGGCAGUGGUAAGGACAGAAAUGAACAACAGGCUGCCAAACAGGUGAAAGAAGCUUCGCCAGAGGAAUGUGAUGAAGCUGUUGAAGAUUUAACUGAGGUAAAAGCCAAAGCAAAAGCUAAGCAGGUGCAAGAAUUACAAAAAAGUUCUAAAUCAAUUCUGCAGAGAAUAUGGGCUAUGCUUUUGGGUAUCGGUCCUGCUUUGAGAGCUGUCGCUUCAAUGAGCAGGGAAGAUUGGGCUAAGAAGUUGCGCCAUUGGAAGGAUGAGUUCAAGUCUACCAUGCAACAUUAUUGGUUGGGAACAAAGCUACUGUGGGCUGAUGUUAGGAUAAGCUCAAGGUUACUGGUGAAACUUGCCAGUGGGAAGGGUCUUUCUAGAAGGGAAAGGCAACAACUCACACGUACGACUGCUGAUAUAUUUAGGCUAGUUCCAUUUGCAGUUUUUAUUAUAGUUCCAUUCAUGGAAUUCUUGCUGCCAUUAUUCCUAAAAUUGUUUCCCAACAUGCUGCCGUCUACCUUCCAGGACAAGAUGAAAGAACAGGAGGCACUGAAAAGGAAGCUAAAUGCUAGAAUAGAAUAUGCCAAGUUUCUUCAAGACACUGUUAAAGAAAUGGCAAAAGAAAUUCAGAACUCACGAAGUGGAGAAGCUAAGAAAACAGCUGAAGAUCUUGAUGGAUUUAUGAGCAAAGUUAGAAAAGGCGCACGUGUUUCCAAUGAAGAAAUUUUAGGCUUUGCCAAGUUAUUUAAUGAUGAGCUUACUUUGGACAACAUAAGCAGGCCUCGAUUAGUUAACAUGUGCAAAUAUAUGGGUAUCAGUCCAUAUGGAACAGAUGCAUAUCUACGCUAUAUGCUUCGAAGGAGACUGCAAGAGAUUAAGAAUGAUGAUAAGAUGAUUCAAGCUGAGGGUGUGGAGUCCCUUUCGGAAACCGAGCUUCAUCAAGCUUGUCGCGAACGGGGCUUACUUGGAUUGCUUUCAGUCGAGGAAAUGCGACAACAGUUGCGUGAUUGGCUGGAUUUGUCACUGAAUCAUUCUGUUCCAUCUUCUCUAUUGAUUCUUUCUAGGGCCUUCUCUGUUUCUGGAAAAGUCAAGCCAGAGGAAGCUGUUCAGGCCACACUUUCAUCUCUUCCAGAUGAAGUCGUGGAUACUGUUGGAGUUACAGCAUUGCCAUCUGAAGAUUCAGUUUCAGAAAGGAGAAGAAAGUUGGAGUUCUUAGAAAUGCAGGAAGAACUGAUCAAGGAGGAGGAAGAGGAAGAAGAAGAGGAGCAGGCCAAGAUGAAGGAAUCUGUUGGUAGCCAAAAGGAUGUGGCUUUAGAAGAGAUGACUCUUCCCACCGCUAGGGAAGCACAAGAACAAGCAAGAGCAAAAACACUGGAGAAACAUGAGCAGCUUUGUGAGCUCAGUCGUGCAUUAGCUGUUCUGGCUUCUGCAUCUUCUGUCAGCAGGGAGCGUGAAGAAUUCCUGAAACUUGUUAAGAAGGAGAUAGACCUGUACAACAGUAUGGUAUUCAUUAUAGACCUGUACAACAGUAUGAUUUACCUGUUUUGCUAUGUUGCCAGGGAUUAUGAUGGGAAAGUGACUCCUGAGGAGGUUGCGUCCGCUGCUAUGUACCUAAAGGACCACUUGGACAAGGAGGGUAUCCAAGAACUUAUAAGCAACCUCUCCAAAGAUAGAGAAGGAAAAAUCCUUGUGGAAGAUAUUGUGAAAUUAGGCAGUCAAAUGGAAGAUGAUGAUACAGCUGAGGAAGGAAAAGCAUAGAGGAUAGCACCUGGCCGUUUGAGUAGCUGUUUCUAUGAAGGUGUUGGCCAGCAUUGUGGGUGAACACUUUCGGUUUGGAUGGUGCCUCCCGAGAACGGAGUGGGAGGAAUAUGGGAAGGAAGAAAAGAUUUUUCUUCACUGAUGCUUUUGAAAUUAUUAUUUACAAAAGCAAAAUCAAACAUGUGUACACAACUCAUUGACACUAGUUAGUGAACUGAUGUUUUAAGGAUGAGUAUAUGAAUACGCGAAAAUAUAUUAAGGGAACUGUCAUUGAUAGAACGCAAAAUGUGAUAAAAAAAAAUUUGCAAAAAAAAAAAAAAAAAAAAAAAAAAAAAAAA